AGAGCAUUACUGACAUCUAGUAGUGUUCAGAAGCGGGAAGUGAAACCUCUAUUAGCCCUGGCCUGUUGUGUUCACACAGCAAACCUUUCCACUUCAGAGUUGUUUCUUUCCAAUCAGUUUCGUUUGUCUAGUCACACACUUCCUUUGAAGAGCGACUGUGUGCGGAUCGGAAGGGAAAGAUGGCCAUGUCCAGCCAUUGGCACAGGUUGGCUUCUCUGAUCGCUGCCUGUUUGGUGUCAUCGGUGACCUCUGACAUUUCCUGCCAUGAUGACAAUGGGCAGCCAGUUGAUUGGUUUAUCCUUUACAAGUUGCCUAAAGAUGUUGAUGGCUCUGGCUUACAGUACAUGUACAUGGACCACGGGACUCCUGGUUGGAGAACAGGGAAAUACCCAAUAAAUGACACUCGUGGAGCUGUGGGAUCAACUUUGCAGCAACUCUAUGCAAGACCUCGGAGUGAUGAGGUGGCCUAUGUGCUCUACAAUGACCAGAGCAGUGUCGACUCUAGUUCUUACGGAGGCCACACAAAAGGAGUUGUACUUUUGGAUCAGAAACAAGGCUUCUGGUUAGUUCACAGUACUCCACACUUUCCACAGAGAACUGGAGAAGGCUACAUAUGGCCACACAGCGGAUUGCAUAAUGGUCAAUCCUUCCUCUGCGUCACAUACCCAUAUUCUCAAUUCCAGGAAAUUGGCACUCAGUUGUUGUACAACCACCCUCAUGUCUACGAUCAGUCAAUCCCGCCCUCCUUUGGUAAAGAUCUACCGGACCUCCAGAGUGCAGCAAGUGGCAAACACAAGGAAACCCCUCCCUGGAAGCGAAAGGUCAUCCUUUCAUCGGCAGCAGGGAAACAAUUCACCAGCUUUGCUAAAUACAAGAACUUUGGAGCAGAUUUGUAUUCUGGCUGGGUGGCAGGCGACCUCCAGAGUGACCUGCUGGCCCAGACGUGGCUGAAUUCUCGGCGCGCCCUCCCCUCCAACUGCACGGCGGACUAUGCAGUGUACAACGUGGAGGGAAUUAAAUUCCCUACUGGCACCAGUUUCUCCACCCACGUGGAUCACUCGAAGUGGUGCGUGACACGACCAGGAGGUGGUAGCAAGUGGACCUGCAUCGGGGAUAUCAACCGAGACCAGGCACAAGAGAAAAGGGGAGGCGGAACUGUCUGCAACGAUGACCCAGUUGUCUGGGACGCCUUCUCGAGCCUUGUUAUGUCCUGUCAGUUCUGCGAGUGUACUUGCAGUGGGAAGGUCUGAGCUGGGGUUUGACUGGCAGUGUCUGGGUCAAUGUACAGCCAUCACCAUCCCCUUUCUGCUUUUGUGUCUGUUUGCAACAAACUUGUGGGGACAUUAGCACCCACAGAGACAACCCUGACCACUGGCAGCAUGCUGGGAUCCUGUCCUGCAAGCUUCAGAUUGGAUCCAAUCUAGGCCAGGAUUUGGCUUCUGAUGGAUGGCGGGAACGAGAUUUUCCCUCAGAUCUCAGAAGAGAGACUGAGGGCCUCAGGCAGAUGUAAAGUACCCAUUUUGAAGAAUAGAGAUGGAAUUUGCCUCAAUAGCUCACCCAAUACUUUCUCUCCAAUAACAUCACUAAAAUCAGACUGGGUGCUCAUGAUCACAUUGCAGUGUUUGGGAACUUGCUGUGUGCUAAUCGGUUGCUGUUUCCUACACUUCGAAUACACUUUACAAAUACCCCAUUGGUUCAAAUUUCCUAAAUGUGAAAGGAAGAGGUGCAAGUCUUUCCUUUUCACUGCCUUUCAAUUCCCAUUGACUGUUCCUAUCUCUCUGGUCCAAACAGAAUUGGGCUUCAGUUGAAACAUAAAGACCAUGUUGAAAAGAUCCCAGAGCCCCACAUCACUGCUGUAUGUUUGCUCAUUGUGUUGUUUUUCUCCAGGGACCACACGGGUAGAGAUUUUCCCAAACAAAACAACAGGAAGACCAAAGUCCUUGAACUUAGUCCAUGUCUUAGAACUCUGACACCUCCCAAGGAACAGACUGAAAUUGAACCAGUCUGUUUACAACAUUAGGUGUCAUAUUGGGUUCUGAAUUCAGCAUCCAAUCAAAUAUCUGCAUUAUAUUUAAGAUCUCCUAUUUCACUUCCACAACAUUGCCUCACUCUUUUUCUGCUCCAACUCACCUUUGCUGUACCUUCCUCACUGUUUUUGUUUCUACUAGACCUGACCAUUCCAACAUACUCCUGGCCUCUUGUCCUCAUUCCACUCUCUGUAAAGCUGAGCUCAGCCAGAACUCUGGUGCCAAUGUCCUACCUAGCACUGGGUCCUCUUCAUCAAUCUCCCCUGUGCUUGUUUACCUGCAGUGGCUCUCUGUUACGCAUCAUUCCAAUUUUAAAAUUUCUUCCUUUAUGUCCAUGGUUUCAUCCUUCUUUCCUGAGACCUCUGAGUUCCUCAAUUCUGUCCCUGUUCUCGUCUCUGAAGUUAACCAAUCCACCAUCAGUUGCCAAGUCCAGAAAUCUAGAAUUCCCCUCCCUAAACCCCUCUUAAGACACUCCUUAGAAUCCACUGUCUUUAUGAAUCACUGUAAGAUGUCUGUAAGUCACUUUUUGUUUGAUCAUGCUUCUGUGAAGGGUCAUGGGAAGCUCUCCCCAUGAUAAAGGUGUUAUAUCAAUGGAAGCUUUUGUUGCCUCACUUGGUUGUUAUGCUGCCUACAUCAGUAAAGCCAUUAGAACAAAUGCUAGUUUUAAUAAGUUAACAAGGAAAAAACCAGUAUUUUCCUGCAACAAAAAUGUGGAGCAAGUCAACACCGACCGUACCUCCUCCCUUGUCCCCCUCCCUUACAACAAAAACUUACCCCUCUCUGCGUCGGUCAGUAGCUCCCAGUUAAGUUGUUCACUGUAGAUGUUCUUCUGUUUCUUGUGGCGCUGGUGGUAGUUUUCACACCCUGUACUGCUGCCGUGGAUUUCUGCCCUUGGUAUUCCUGACUAAAUAUCCUUGUCUGAAUUAUCACUAAAUUGUAACUAUUUAACACAAUAAAUCCUGAUUUUAACCCUGG